GCAAGCACAAGCUUCCGCUUCCGCCCCCAACAAACAGUCCAGCUCCGAUCCGCCGCCGCCGCGUCUCGUCUUGCCUCGCCGCGAUGAACGCGUCGCAGUUCAUGGACAAGCAGAUCCAGGGCCUCGCUGCCUCCGGCGCCGCCGCGUCCUCGCCGCCGGCGUCCAGCGGCGGCGGCGGCGGGCUGGCCGAUCUGAUGAGUCCCGACCCGCAGGAGGAGGCGGAGAGCCACGCCCGCCACUCGCACCUCCCCCACCUUGGCGGCGCCAACGGCACCAGCAACGGCGCCGACGAGGUGCUUCCCAGCUACGACUUCCAGCCCAUCCGCACCGCCACCAGCGCCAGCGCCAGCGCCGUCCCCGUUGGCUCGGCCCCUGCGGCGGGCGCCUGGGGGUCGCUCGACUCCAAGGCGGCGUCCCCCAACCCCCUCAAGAGUUCUGGUGUAUUGGAGCCUCAUCACAUGCUAAAGAAAGUUAAUCAUGAAGAAGAGAGGAGCAACUUUAGUGCAGUCACUAUAGUGGAUAUCGAUCGUACCAUGAAGAAAUAUGCUGAUAAUCUUCUUCAUGCACUCGAAGGUGUAAGCUCAAGGCUUUCACAGCUGGAGGACAGGACAUACCAUCUCGAGAACUCUGUUGGUGAGCUGAAGAUAACAAUUGGUAACAAUAAUGGAAGUACUGAUGGAAAACUGAGGCAAUUUGAGAACACACUGCGUGAGGUUCAAGCAGGUGUGCAGAUUUUGCGUGACAAGCAGGAAAUUGUUGAGACUCAGAUCGUACUAGCUAAGCUCCAAGUGCCCAAACCAGGGGAUGUUCAUUCAGAAAAUACUGAUGCUGGGCAGGCAGACUCACGUCAGCAGCCAACUCCGCCCCAGCAAACCAUUCAAUCUCAGAACCAAGCCCUUCCCCCUUCCCAACCACCAGCACCACUGCCUGUCCUUCCUGCUCCAACCGCGCCACCUCCACCCCCAAUUCAAAACCAACCUCCAACUCACUUCCCUGCUCAUGUACCACAUCCCCAGGUUCCAUCAGUCACACCUGCUCUUACGGCACCUUCAGUGCCGUCCAUACCACAGGAAUCCUAUUAUCCCCAAUCAGCACAGCCAACUGAGGCCACCCAUCAGCAAUACGAAGCUCCACCAGCUCCGCAGCCUCAGGCAGCACAGCCAGCACCACCCCAGCACUACCAAACCCCACCUCAGUUUGCUCAAUAUUCUCAACCUCCCCCUCCUGCAAGUGUUAACCCCUCAGCUGCACUUCCACCCCCAGUGCCCCAGCAGCCUGAAGAACCAGCACCGUAUGGCCCUCCCACCCAGAGCUAUCCACCAAAUGUACGCCCACCUCCCCCUUAUAUGCCACCCCCUAGUGGACCUGCUGCUCCUUUCUACGGGCCAAACCCUGGCAUGUAUGAGCCACCUGCUGUCAGGCCAAACUCCGGGGUGCCACCGCCCUACAAUGCUGGAUACAAACCACCAGGUGCUGGUGGUUUCGCCGAGCCUUAUGGUUACACCGGGUCUCCAUCCCACCGUGGCAACGCUGGAAUGAAGCCACCCUCGCCCUUUGCCCCUCCUGGGGGAAGCGGCGGCUAUGGCAGGCUUCCCACAGCUCAGGUGCUGCCCCAGGCCGCGCCAGUCAGCUCCACGCCAAGCGGCUCUUCUUCCGGCACCAGAGUGCCCAUUGACGACGUGAUCGACAAGGUGGCCACGAUGGGGUUCUCGAAAGAGCAGGUCAGGGCGACGGUGUGCAAGCUGACCGAGAACGGGCAGAACGUGGACCUGAACGUGGUGCUCGACAAGCUGAUGAACGACGCCGACGCCCAGCCCCAGAGGAGCUGCGGCGACCCGACGAUGUACGAGGCGUUCUGGCGGGAGGUCGGGGGCUGCGCGGCGACCGUCAUCCGCGGGUGGCAGGCGAUGAGCUACUUCUCCGACGCCGCCGCGCUCUGCUGGUUCCUCGAGCCAGAGCUCGAGCGCGAGGUUCGCCGGCUCCACCGCGUCGUCGGCAACGCCGUGGUCGACGGCUACCACCUCGUCGUCGGCACCGGCGCCACCCAGCUCUACCAGGCGGCCAUGUACGCGCUCAGCUCGCCGGCGCGCGGGGACAAGCCCGUCCCCGUCGUCUCGCCGGCGCCGUACUACUCCUCGUAUCCGCCGCAGACGGACCUCCAGCUCUCGGGGUUUUACCGCUGGGCCGGCGACGCCAACACGUUCGCCGGCGGCGAGUGCAUCGAGCUCGUCUGCUCGCCCAACAACCCCGACGGCGCCGUUCGCGAGGCCGUCACCGGUGGCAAGGCGAUCCAUGACCUGGUCUACUACUGGCCGCAGUACACGCCCAUCACCGGGCGCGCCGCCCACGACAUCAUGCUCUUCACCGUGUCCAAGAUCACCGGCCACGCCGGCACGAGGCUCGGGUGGGCGCUGGUGAAGGACCGCGAGGUGGCCAGGAAGAUGGUAUACUUCGUCGACCGGAGCACUAUCGGCGUCUCCAAGGAGUCGCAGCUGCGCGCCACCAAGAUCCUCGGGGUCGUCUCCGAUGCCUACGAGACCCCGCCGGCCGGUGACAGCGGCGCUACCGUGCCGCGCCUGUUCGACUUCGCGCGGCGGCGCAUGGAGGAGCGCUGGCGCACCCUGCGCGCCACCGUGGCGGCCUCAGGCGCCUUCAGCCUGCCGGAGGAGACCACCGGCUACUGCAACUUCAACAAGCGAACCGUGACAGCUUGUCCUGCAUUCGCGUGGCUGCGAUGCGAGAAGGAAGGCGUCGAGGACUGCGCCGAGUUCCUAGCCGGCCACAAGAUCGUUGCUCGCGGCGGGGAGCAGUUCGGAGGAGACGCGCGGUGCGUCAGGAUCAACAUGCUGGACAGGGACCAAGUGUUUGACAUGCUUGUACAGCGCCUCGCCGCCAUAUAAACUGAACGGACUGAAUAUGCAUGGAGUGGUAGAAAGCGACCAUCAUGGAAUAAAUUGAACCUUGGUGUAAUGGUGUUCAUUUUCUCAGUUUAAUCUCUUAGUUUCUGAAAGAGAUGCAAGUUUUGGUUUGUUUCUUCGGUUUGGACUGAACUCUGCCGAUCAUUAGUGGUAUAGAUUAAA